GCAAGAUCGGAUUCGGUCUCCUUGGAAAAUCUCCCCUGUUUCCACACGGCAAAUCCACUUGCUUUCGCAUUGUUCUCUCUUUUUCAAGAUGUCCCAACCCGAACAUAUCCAUUUGACAUAUAACGAUAUCCACAAAACUAUCGAAGACGCUUCGAAGAAGAUUGCUAAAGAGUUCAAGCCUGAUGUAUUCAUUGCUAUUGGGGAUUCUUUCCUGCCCGCGUGAUGCGGACGUUCCUCAAGGAUCCUUCAACGAAGCGUAACAUUCCCAUCCAAGCCAUCGGACUCUCGUUAUACGAGUCCCUGCCUGGUACCACUGCUGAGCAGAUCGGUAACCAGGUUGUUCGUACCCAGUGGCUAGGUCCCGAGUCUGGAAAUAUCCUACUGGGAAGGCGUGCUUUAAUUAUUGAUGAAGUCGAUGACUCUCGUAAAACACUGCACUACGCAAUUUCUGAACUGCAAAGGGAUGUUGAACGCGAAGUGGCUAAGCUUCCCGAGGCCGAGCGGGACGCUGCUCGCACGAAGUUUGCGGUGUUCGUGGUACACAACAAGCUGAAGGAGAAGCUUGCAGAACUACCAGCUGACGUGCCAUACUAUGCGGGAGCAGACGUAGAAGAUCUCUGGCUGGACUACCCGUGGGAAUCAAAGUAAGCAUUCGAUUGGCCAGUGUCCCACGCGCUGAUUGGCUGACGGGGAGGCGGCAGGAAAACAUUCUUUCUCAAAGCAUUAAUCGAGUAGCACCGGAUUACAGUCUGUUUAGUGUAUUCAUAUUAAGCAGCUACAUAGAUUUUAUCUCCUGUAUCUCAACCACCACGAUGUCAAAUUUGCCUCUCUGUCUUCUCGCUU